AUGUAUUGUUUUAAAGGACAGGUAGAAGAGCAAAACAGUGAUAUUAUGUCUGAACAAACGCAUCAGAAUAAUAAAAUUAACUCCACCAAGGAAAAACCUGUAGCAGAGAGAGAAAAAUGGGAUAAUAAGACAGAAUUUCUUUUGUCUUGCUUGGGUUAUGCUAUAGGGAUUGGUAACGUGUGGAGGUUCCCUUAUUUAUGUUACAGAAAUGGAGGGGGGGCUUUUCUAAUACCAUAUUUAUUCAUGUUAUUCUUUUGUGGAAUACCACUAUUUUUCAUGGAGACGUCGCUGGGGCAGUUUGCAAGCACCGGGUGUAUCACUUUAUUUAAAAUAGCGCCACUUUUUAAAGGUGCAGGUUAUGCAAUAGUUGUAGUGAACAUAAUUGUAACAACCUACUUUAACACGAUUUGCUCCUACCCUCUGAUAUUUUUAGCCAAUUGUUUUCAAAGUAAACUGCCUUGGGUGGACUGUGAUAACGAUUGGAACACAGAAAAUUGUGCAAAGCUGGGAAACAAUAAACUAAAGUCUGCCUUAAAUGAAACGUUGGAUUCAACCUUCAAAAGGACUAGGACCCCCGCAGACGAAUUCUUCCACUUCCGAAUCCUUCAAAUUUCAGAUGGUAUCGAUGACAUAGGCGACAUAGUAUGGCCCGUGUUCGCCAGCAAUUUGAUAUCCUGGAUCGUGACCUAUUUGUGCAUAGCUAAAGGAGUGAAAACCGUAGGAAAAGUCGUGUACUUCACUGCCACCUUUCCAUUUUUCGUCCUUUUCGUCCUGCUAAUAAGAGGUUUAACACUGCCGGGUGCAUGGGAUGGGGUUUAUUUCUAUAUUUACCCCCAGUGGGAUCAGCUUACCAAUUUAAAGGUGUGGGCCGACGCCGCUGUACAGAUAUUCUUUUCGUUAGGACCAGGAUGGGGUGGUAUACCCAACAUGGCGAGCUACAAUGAUUUCAGGAACAAUAAUAAAAGGGAUUCCAUUAUAGUCCCUUUGGUAAACAGUGGAACCAGCAUCUUUGCGGGAUUCGUCGUCUUCUCAGUAAUAGGUUUCAUGUCACAUGAGACGGGCCUUCCAGUUUCGACGGUUGCCACGAGUGGUCCAGGUCUUGCCUUCGUUACUUACCCAGAGGCCAUCAGUCUGCUACCUUGGCCUCAUUUCUGGGCGGUGCUGUUUUUCCUGAUGUUGUUCUUCCUAGGUCUAGACAGCAUGUUUGUGAAUUUUGAGUCAAUUGUCAAUAGUGUUAUAGAUGAGUAUCCGAAAUCGAGAAAGUACAAACCGUGGGUGACUCUGUUGUCUAUGGUGGCUACGAUGCUACUGUCUAUCAUCUAUACGACGAACGGUGGUAUGUACUGGAUUCAGUUAUUUGACUGGUAUGCAGCCUCCAUAUCCUUAGUCCUGAUAUGUCUAGUGGAAGUUUUUAUCGUUGGAUGGACAUAUGGUGUCAACAAUUUCAAGCAGGAUGUGGAAUUCAUGACGGGGGAGAAGAUAUCCUGGUUCUGGAUAAUAUCCUGGAAGAUAACUACGCCUGCCAUUUUGAUAUUUAUAUUUUUCACAGUGAUUGCGUACAAUACAAGAAUAUCCUACAACGACAUUGCUUAUCCCGAUUGGGCAAUCGAUUUGGGAUGGUCUUCUUGCUUUAUGUCGAUGAUGUGCAUACCAAUGUAUAUGGGGUACAGAUUGCUAUAUUUUGAAGAAGGUGACUUAUUUGAUAGAAUAAAGUGUUCACUGAGGCCUCGAGAAGAUUGGGGCCCAGCUAACAAAGAAGACAGAAUCCAAUGGGCUCAGCAAAUUUUAAGAAAGGUCAUUGUUUUAGAUGAACGUGAAGAAGAAAUUGAUCCUUUUCAUCAACAAUUUUUACAGUUAUGUGCCAUUGAAAGUUAAAAUAAAAC